AAAAUGGAUAGUAGUUAUAUACGAAGAUUGUAGUUUCCUUUGAGAAAUAAGAAAUUGAAAAAAUGGGGUGGAGGGGGAUACUGGGAUUUGAAUAUGGAAUCGUUUGUGCACCAUUGGGACCUGAUAUAUCUGGCCCCCAACUUGUGGCUGCUGUGGCUAAUGCUGGCGGUCUUGGUCUUCUCAGAGCUCCUGACUGGGAAUCACCAGACUAUGUGAGGGAACUGAUAAGAAAGACAAAGACCUUGACUAACAAACCGUUUGGUGUUGGUGUGGUUCUGGCAUUUCCUCACAAAGAAAAUAUAAAAGCUAUUUUGGAUGAAAAGGUUGCAGUCUUGCAACUUUACUGGGGUGAAUGCUCUGAGGAUUUAGUUCUUGAAGCGCAUCAGGCAGGGGUUAAGGUUGUUCCUCAGGUUGGGAGCUUUGAAGAGGCAAAAAAAGCUGCUGCUGUGGGUGUGGAUGCAAUAAUCGUCCAAGGACGGGAAGCAGGGGGGCAUGUCAUGGGCCAAGAUUCCCUAAUUUCAUUAGUUCCAAGAGUAGUUGAUCUAGUUCAUGGUAAAGAUAUACCCAUAAUUGCUGCUGGUGGUAUUGUUGAUGCGCGUGGUUAUGUUGCUGCGCUGGCCCUCGGAGCUCAAGGUGUGUGCCUCGGCACUAGAUUUCUCGCAACGGAGGAAAGCUUUGCUCAUCCAACAUACAAGAGGAAAUUGGUUGAACUUGAAGCAACAGAAUAUACGGAAGUGUUUGGUCGUGCAAGGUGGCCAGGAGCACCUCAACGUGUCCUAAAGACCCCUUUCUUCAUGGACUGGAGAGAUCUUCCAAGCAACGAAAAUGAAAGCAAUCAACCAAUCAUUGGACGUUCGACAAUUCAUGGCAUCGAAAAAGAAAUCCGUCGUUUUGCCGGGACAGUUCCGAAUGUGACAACAACUGGAGACAUUGAGAGCAUGGUGAUGUAUGCUGGUCAAGGCGUAGGUCUCAUCAAGGAGAUUCUUCCUGCAGGUGAAGUUAUACCAAGAAUUGUUAAAGCAGCUCAAAUUCUGAUACAACAGCAGCUAGAUAACGGAAGUUGAAAAUAGUGGACACUUAAUGGAGUGCCAAUCUAGCUUACCCUUGCGGCGCAGUUGCUUGUCUGAUGAUGAUAAUUGCUGAUAUUGUGGAACAGGAAAGAACUUGCUAAAUUCGGUGUGUCAUGUACUUUCUAUUAAGAAUAAAAUGUGUCUACCCCUGGAUAUUCUAAUAAUUGAAAUGUUUUUGUUUCUCCAA